CAAAAGGACCCCGAGUAUAGAAGGCUCUAUCCUGCACUGUUGCACAGAGUCCUGACACUGUAUCCAAGAUGCUGCUGGUGCUUCUACUGGUGAUGCUGACAUCGUGCACUGCAGUCCCUCAAAAUCUGUCAAAUAAAAUAUUCACCUUCCCACAAGAAACCAACACAGCUCAUGUGAGGGUGACUACAUCAAGACAAGAUCUGAAGGCUGUAACCGUGUGUUUCAGGUCCUUUACUGACCUCAAUAGAGACCAUUCCUUGUUCUCUCUGGCUACACCCUCUGCUAUCAAUAACUUCCUGAUAUUCAAGAAAGCUGCAAAUGGCUUAUUUGACCUGUGGGCCAGGGGCAAGCCAAAUAAAGUUGAAGGGAUUGCCUACAAGUUGAACACAUGGCAUUCAAUUUGUUCUACGUGGGACGCUACCUCUGGACUCAUGCAGCUGUGGGUCGAUGGAGUCCCCUCAAGCAGAAAAUUCACCAGCUCUGGAUCCAACAUCAAUGGACCCAUUAUCAUUGUCUUAGGACAGGAACAGGAUACCCAUGGUGGGGGAUUUGACAUCAAUCAGUCCUUUGUUGGCAUGAUGUCCGAUGUCCACAUGUGGGACCACACCCUUUCCCCCUGUGAGAUCCAGAACUACUCGAAUAAUCGGAGCUUCACCCCAGGCAAUGUGCUGAACUGGAAUGCGUUUGAGUUUCAGAUUGUUGGAAGAGUGCUGAUAGAAAACAAACAAGAGUUGUGUCAAUAG